AAAAUGGCAUGGAAAUAUAUUAUUUUUUCAUUCAUAUUAACUCAUGACAGUUUAACUAAUUUAUUUUAUUUGUUUUUAUUUUUCGGAGGGGGCACCUUACUCCCAGGCAACUACGGUGUAAACAAGAUGGCGGCUGUUGGCAGGUUUGAGGUGUUGAAAACAUGAUACGGGUUGGCGUGAUACUAGUCGACACUGAAAGUGAAAGAUAUUUCACGCUACCCUGGUUUUACCUGUGAUGUAGCCGGGGUUUUGAUUACGUGUGGAUAAGUUAUUGGAAAGUUUGAUAAGCUUGAUAGGCAUCAAGUAUUGGAUAGAGAAAAGAAAACAUUGUGAGAGGGGGGAAAGUGUGACCGUUGUUUUAUCAGCGUGAAAACUGAAGACACUAAAGAGUAAAGAUGGCUACUAAACUGAUGGCAUGUGAACCAUACAAGAAGAAUGCAUACUCUGAAGGUGUAACCUUUGACAUCCCAACCCCAACCCCAGCUGUGACCCAGGAUGUGGAAUAUGACCCAGCCAUUAGUGAGAAGAAGACCCCCAGCAAAGAAUGGGAACUGGAUGUUCGCUCUCUUAUAUCCACUAAGAAAUGGCUGCAAAAUUAUGGUCUAAAGAAAAAUAAGAUCAGUCUGAAACAGAUCCUUCCAACCAUUGGAUUUAAACAUAGUGAUGAUUUUGACACGUCCUUGAAGCGACCGAUCAGCUCCCGAUACAGCUCAGGGUUAUUCAGCAAAAUAUUCAGUCCUAGUGACGGAAAAACGUUCAACGUGACAUGUAGUCGUCAGAUGCUGAAACAGUUGGAAGGGAGACUACUCCAGGCAAUAGCUCUCUACAAGAGGAGACUGGAAUGGUUGACAACAGAGAGCAGACGGUUGUUUGGCGUGAUUGAAGAAAAGGCUGUGACCAUUGUGUUGGAUAUCAGGAACAUGUCCCCACAGCAGUUUGAUCAGUACAAAAUAGCUCUAGAAAGGGUCAUCUUUGAACAACUCACACAAGUAGCUAAAUUUAACCUCAUUAGGGCUGUGGACGACUUAGUUGGUUAUCAGGAGGAAUGUGUACCUGUGACCUUUGACACCAUACAGGGAGCUGUUGAUUGGGUGUGGUCAAUAGACCGUCUCCAGUCAGUAUCACGGUCUGCUGCUUGUGAGGCUGUACUCAAGGCAAUGGCUGACAAAAACAAUGAAGCUGUUUACCUGUUCACAGAAGGAACUUCUAUAGAUACAUGUAAAGAAAUCAUGAAAGAAAAGGUGAUGGCACUGAAGCGUAAGAUCCCAGUUCACUGUGUGUCUUACAACUGUGGAAGUUCAGACACUGUCCGUUUUCUUCGAGACUUUGCAGCAUGCACAGGUGGCAAAUUCCAUGCAUAUGCUGUGAUCAUGGAGAUGGACUCUUAUGAAGGCGAGCCGUUAAACCCUCGUACCAAUAAGGCUAACAUCCUAUUGAAGAAGAAGACCUACGGAGGAGUUCCUCCCGGAUCAGGCAUGAGGGAGGAUGUCAUCCUACUGUUUGAGGAACUCGAGGACGCUAAAAACAAUCUGUCACAAAUCCAAGCCCUGAUGGAGGAGGUACCAGAACCAAAAAUACAGAUAGAAUCUGUGAUAGAGAGAGCACCGACAACAGAUCCAGACGAGCAGUAUAUGAGCUCAAAAGACUGGCUGAAGAAAUUCGGACUGACUGCUAGACGGCUUGAGUUAUAUGACGUUCUUGCUGGGGUGGCCUUUAAACAUAUGGAUGGUGUGGUGGAUAUCAAACAGAAACCUGAUCACAAUACACAAACUGACGCUAUAAAUAAGCCCAAGUUGAUGAAUGCUAAGUACUGUGAUCGAUUUCCUGUGGUUCGCUGGAAAGACGGAGGAGUGGUUCAUGUACAAGUUACACCCGAGAUCCAUCGUAGUUACGAACAGAGGAUGAACGUGGCAACACAGGCCUUCCAUCAGCGGGUUGACUGGCUGAACCAGGGAAGUCGUGCCUUGUUUGGGACAGUGAUUGAGGAUCAGAUCUAUAUCCUCAUUGACACCUCAUCCUCAAUGUCACCUAGUAUACAGUUUGUUAAGGAUAAGCUGUUCAUCCUCAUGCAGGAACAACUUCGACACAAGAUGAAAUUCAACUUAGUAGCCUUCAACUCUAAAGCCAUAUCCUGGCAGAAUCGCCUGGUGGAGGUGAACGAGCAAAGUCUGAAGGGAGCGUGGAAGUGGAUCCAGGGUCUGAGCUGCUGGGGGUCGACUAAUACAUAUGCUGCCCUCCAGUUCGCUAUUUCUGACCCUGGUACACAGGCGAUAUACCUACUAACUGACGGACGCCCUGACCAGCCCCCCCGGGCCAUCAUAGCCCAGGUACAGAUGCAGCACUGUGUCCCUGUACACACCAUUUCUUUUAACUGUAACGAUACAGAAGCUAACCAGUUCCUGUGUGACCUUGCCCGUAACACAGGUGGCCGCUACCAUUACUUUUCAGAGAAAGGCAAGCUUGACCAGGACCAGCCGGCUUCAUGGGAGAGUGAAGAUAUCCGCCUGCUCAAGGAGGAAGCCAGUCGAGGUCGGGAGAGCCUGUACAAGGUGGAAGAACUGCGAGAUGAAUGCUCUAAUCUGUCCUGGAAAAAGGAAGUAGAGUCACUCAAACGAUGUUCCAGGAACCACACUAAAUCGCUGUCAGACCGGGUGUCAGCUGUCCCACCACUUAACACUAAUCAUCUGUAUCGAUCGUCCACUCCCCCUCCCCCCAGGCCACUGAGUGCCUCUCUCGAUUCCCCACUGAUGUCUCCAGCUCCACCCAAACAAUCACGGGCCUCCUCAGCCUACAGGUCUGUGGGUUCAUCCCUCGACUUUCAACGUCCAAAGUCAGCCGUCCCAACAAGUGGAUCCAAAACUGAACGUAGCCCUCUCUCAGCAAAAUCCAAGUGUAGUGGGAAAGUUCGGUCUGGUCACACAUCAACAGGUCACACGAGGACUAGCCUACUACGCACACUCAACAGUACUGGUAACUUCUCCCCAGAAGAAUGGCUACUACCCGAGACUCGUCAGCUUUUCGAAAAACAGGCUGUUCGGCAGAAACAACUUGCAAUAGUGUUACAGCGCUAUGAUAUGUCCCCUUACAUCUUGGAAGAAUAUGAUGAAACUAGGAAGACUAGCAGCAGAAGAAGCAAGAUAAAGAGAGGCCUUAAACCACAUUCCAUGUCAUCAAUGUGGCUUAGCAAGCAUGGCCUGGUGGCCAAAAAAUUGACUAUACUGGACGCACUCGCACCAACCUUCAUUUCCCAUAGCGCCAAAUAUGUUCCUAUAUUGGACAAACAUGUGGUCGCCAAAGUCUUUGAUGGGGUAUUGCCCUUAGCCCAUGUGUCAUCCCGAAACAAGCAGAAAAUUACACUGGUGAACCCGAUGGCUGUUGACCUAAAGGGCUAUGAGGAUAAAGUGAUGUCGGCCAUUGCCCUCUACAAAAGGCGACUGGAUAAGACGGUAUGGGAAGCUCUUCCACAGGAAACAAAGGAUGAACUUGGAUCAGAAGAACCAUUAUCGUUUGAAAAAAAUCGUUUGCUGCUUAUGAAGGCUCUAGACACAGCUGGCUGGCCUAUUGAAGAGGCGGAUAUCAUACUUCUAGAGGAAGAAAUUGCCCGGGGAUACAAAUUCCUCAAACAGUCUGAAGAACUCCGCAAGAAAUCUGACUCGAAAAAUCCUGACAGUGAUGAUGAAGUUCAAGUCUCUAAGAGAAAUAGACGAAAGCAUAGUCGUCGUUCUCGCAGCAGUAUCAGCAGCAGUGGGUCUCGCUCAAGCAGGUCAUCAUCAAGGUCAAGUUCUAGGUCAAGGUCAACAUCUCGAUCAGUGUCAAGGAAAGGAUCAGGAGUAAUGAUAUCAGAGCAACAUUUGGAUGUGAACUUAGAUGAUGAACUUAAUGUGUAUGACGAUAAAGCAAGCGUUGUGUCCAACCUGACCAACAAUACAAAUCAAGAGUACGAGGUGAGUCACACGUUGGUGACAGCCAUGUCUCUCACGACACAUCCGGACGUCAACGUAAAAUGGCGAGUGGAUAAAUACCCCGAUACCCGGGGGUACGUCAUCCAAACCAAAUACUACAGGGGAGAUAUCGACACAGGUCUUGGUGACGUGAUGCAUAACCGGACUGACAACAGCCCAUACAGAAGGAUGGAUGGUGGUCAGUCAGGCCACAAGCCCCUAAAGGUCCUCAACACACAGAUUGUGAAGAAAGUGCUGGACACACUUAAGGGACAUCAUGUUAUUGCCCGAAAUGAUGUUGAUGGCCACUACUAUCCAGGAGUCGUACUCAAGUGUCCUGAUGCCAGACACGCCCUGGUGGAAUUUGCAGAUAAAGAACAAAAACUGAUCCCAACACGUAUGGUGAUCACUAGCAGUGGGGCCAUACCUAGACCUAUCCUUAGGGCUGGUGACUAUGUGUUGGUGCGUGUUUUGUUGGAUACAUCAAUCUCUGGUAGUGAAUGUUACGUUCCUGGUAUUGUACAAGUACCUCCUGUCAGGAACGAAGUCCAGGCCAAGUUCUACACUGUCCUGAUGUACAAUGGUCAACAGGCGACCACACUGAGGAAACACCUGAUGAAGAUCAGCAAAUCCAGAUUUGAGUUUGCUAUCCGAUACAUUGGUGAAGUUCAGAAACAGGACCGCAACAGGAUAGAAGAUAAGGUUUACGUUACUCCUAGGCGUGAGAAAGAAAACCGAAGAAGUCGAAAACGAUACAGGUCAAAAAAUAAAGAAAACCAAAAGAAUGUAAGGUCUACCUCCAGCUCCAAAAGUAGGUCACCCACACCUGAAAAGAAAGAGUUUUUGGCUCCUGACAGACCAAGUAACCCAACUCCAGACAGCUAUCGUCACCAGGAUAAACAGGACCUUGUAACCCCACAAUUAUCCAUGGCAAGCUCCCCAGUUUUUAGUCCAAAAGCUACAUCAAGAUCAAGUUCAAGGUCACCACCAAGACAAAGGUCAAGGUCACCAUCAUAUUCACAGUCAAGGUCGCAUUCAAGAUCAAGAUCACCUACUCCUAGUAAGGACAAAUCAAGAUCCAGGUCCAGAUCUAGAUCCAAGUCACGAUCCAGAUCUAGAUCCAAGUCACGAUCCAGAUCUAGAUCAAGGUCAAAAUCAAGGUCAAGGUCAAGAUCCAGUUCAAGUUCAAGUUCUUUUGAAUCUUCUGUCCAACAACCAGGAUCUCAGAGGUCAACGUCAAGAUCACCAGACUCAAUACGUCGCAAGGGAAGCAAAGAGAGGCUGCAGAAGAAAACACAGAAACUAAAGGCUCUUAAAAAACAGUUACAGGAUCAGCAGAAAGCACAUGCAGAUCAGCAGGAGGAAAUUAAAAAACAGUCUAAAAUGUUGAAGAAAUUGAAGAAAAAACUGAAAAAGAAGAAGAAAAAUGGCAUAGAACAAGGACCAUACUCUACAAAAUCUCAGGUUGUUGAAGUAGAACGCAGUGCUGAUUUUGAUUCUGGUGAUGAAAAAAAAUCCACAGGUAAUGUGAAGGUUAAGUCUGGACUGUUGGAGUUAAGGAAAUCCCUCCCUGUUCUAAGGGAGGGGGAGGAGGUACUGGCACGGUGGUCAGACGAAGGUUGGUACUUCAGAGGUAUAGUACAACAGGACUGUGGCGACUUUAGCUACAUCAUUGAGGACAGUACAAGGAUGUGUGAAAAGAUCUGGAGAGAAGAUAUCAUCACCGACUACGACGAUGCCAACCAGAUCAUACAGCCUAAGGAUGCUGUGGUAGCCCUUCAUCCACACUACAACUUUAGCUACGCUCCAGGAAUUGUUCUCGAAGUCUACCAGGACCUACAUAUGAAGAUCCGUUUUUACGAUGGCGAGGAGUCGACACUUCCACGUGAAGAGAUCUAUAAACUUACUUCUGACAAGUUUGAACAUGACGUCAAUUAUAUCAUCGAGUGCGAGACCAGAUGGGUGGGACAGGCAGUGGUGGGGCGCAAUGACGAGAGUGGGACGUACCAUUUUGCAUCUGUGAAGGAACGGGUAGGAAAUGGCCGUGAGUACAUGCUGGAAUGGUGUGACGGAUCACUGUCACGCCAGAAGUCCAUCAACGUCUUUGGGACAUUCACCAAGCACCAUCCUCUGGCAAUCGGUGACCAUGUACUGGCCAUGGUGGACACACAACAACAUGUCUAUCUCCCUGGAUGGGUCGCUGGUAUUGUUGGAAACAAAAUCAAUAUCAAGUUCUGCAAUGGUGUCAUACAAAACAUUGAUGAUGUUCUUCAGUGUUUCUGGCUCAGCAGUCGUUACUAUGACUACGCCAAAGAAUACUACCUACAGCGUAACCAUGACGGCUCUAUAUCACCACAAUAAGAUCUAUUGGAGUGGACAGAUUUAAGAAUAUUUUAUAGUAUCUUCCUUGCGUCCAAUAACCACCAACCUUUGCCUCUUCAUGUAUUGUUAGUCUGUCAUAAUGAUUAAAAAAAAUGAAAAUUGCUGUAUACUUACAUUAAAACCUCAUUUUUUGUGCAUUCUUAGUAGACUAUUUGCUAUUCUAAAUAACUUAAAGGGUUCUAGUAAAGGGAGGUACAUAAUGCUAGCUUAUCCAUAACAAUACAUUUUGUUCGUUGAAUAUCAUUGGCAUGCUUAGAUUAUCAUAAUCAAACUAUUUUGCACUAUUGUAUCAAAUACAUACUCUGUUCCAGAAAUGUCUCAAUAUUAUAAUUAUGUGCCUGUUUUUCAGAGGAUUUAAUUUACAGAUAUAUAUUGUGUAACUCUUAUGCAAAAAUCUAAUCUGUGAUAGCUAUUGUUUUAAAACUCUGUGUCCUGUGUGUAAGAGAAUAACACUAUUUCAUUUUCACUCAAUUAUUUUUAAAGAUGACCAAUGCAUGCCUUGUAGUAUUUGUGUGAGGGAUGCAUAAGCUAAUAAUGUAGGGUAAAAUAGAGUAGGAGGGGUGUGCGUUUUAUAUAUAGGUAACAUCUACCCUGGUAUUGAACUGGAAGAUUUAUUAACAGUACUUUAUAUACUAAAUAGCAUGAUAGAGCACAAAUCUAGUUAUUUAAUUUAUUUCGAUCAGUUGAUCAAUUUGAUUAAUUAAUAGCAUGAAAUGCAUACAUCAUUAAUUAUAAGCCUGACCAAUAUCUAUUUCUGUUCAGUAUAAUUACCAACAAAUGUGAUGUCAUUGUCGUACAGUAAGCUAACCCUCACCCCCCAUCCCACCCCCUGUCUCUAAAUCAAAGAUCAUGUGUUGAACCAAUAGAUGUACCAAUAGAUAGCUAAUUCAAAUGAAUUGAUUUAGUUAAUUAUUUGAUAAAUCAAUUUAACCAGUUUGUUCAAAUUAGUUAUUAGAUAGAUUGUUAAUUCUUAUGAAGAUUAAGUUAAUGUAUUAACUUUAGUUUAAUUGAUUAUUCACGAGGUUGCAGUAAUAUAAAUUUAAUGUAGAUUGAAAUUAUUGUACAUGUUUUGAACAAAACUAACCAUUCUGUACAUACUUGCAAGGAUAACUAUUUCCACUUUAUUUGAAGUGUUACUGAUAUACUGUAUUCACCAUAAUUCAUGCCCUGUACAAAAACUGUAGACAUGUAAGGGAGGCUGUCAGUAGGAUAAUAAAGGGCUGUUACUCAAAGAGGGGCACUAAUUACGAUGAAUAUGGUAAUAAUGAUUUACCCAUAUUACAUGAAAUCAUGAUUUAUAAUAAUGCUUGGCAUGACAUCAAGUGAAAAUAAAUAUUAUUUAAAACAUUAAAAGAAAUACACAGUAAUAUAUCAAACUAUUGAUUUACAUGUAUUUGAUGCUUGUUUUCAUUCGUUAGUUGAUUUUUUAAAACUGUAUUAAAGUACUGUGUUAUGCAUUAUUAUAUUGCUUUACAUAUCAAUCAACUUUAUAAGAAUCUAUUUUUAUACAUGGUACAUUCCUCGUGAGUCUUCAUGUUUGAUUAAUUUUUUUGUACAUAUAUUUAUCUUCAAAUUAAUCAAAUAAUCAGCUAUUGAGAGUAGACUAGUUUGUGUAUUGUUAGUCUGUUUAUGAAGUGUGGUGAUGGAUCUUUUGUUUUAAACUGUUUUAUAAACUCGGCCAAUCAGAGACUUUGGUGUAUCAGAGACCAUCAAUCAUUGUCUUAAUGUUUAGCCAAUCAGAGACUUUGGUGUCUUAAUAGCCUAAUGUUUAGCCAAUCAAAGACUUUGGGUGUAUCAGAGACCAUCAAUCAUUAUCUUAAUGUUUUCUCAAACACAAACUCUGUGUAAAUGUUGAUAUGUUGUAAUUUUCAAAAUAAAUCUGAAAACGCCAUGAAAUAUAAAAAAAAAAAAUUAAAAAAUAUGAUAUGAAAUAGUUGUAUUUCUGUACAUUUUCACAAAGUGCUAAAUCUUGUUAAGUCAAAUUUUAGUUUGAUACACAUGUACUUUUAAUAAAAAUUGAUUCAUUUUUAGAGUUCCAAAAUGGUUAAAUCUUAAAUCAAACUAUGUUUUUAUGUUCUCUGGUAAAAAUGUAAUAAAAGUUUAUGUUACAUAAAUGUACAUUGUUUUACCAGCAAAUCAGUUUGAUAUCUUAUUGAAGAUGUUCUGAAACUUAUGAAUGUAUAUUUUUCAUACAUAUAUGUAUCUUGAUAGUCCAGGGUGUCCCGAAUUCCUUUUGAUGUAUAUUUACACUUUGCGAAAUGUUCAAAUUUUUAAAUGACUUUUGAAAAGUAUGCCAUUUCUACCCUUCAGUCCAGAAAGCUUUUGUAAAUUUAGCGAUGAUGAUACAUGUAUUUUUUAACCCUUUUUUUAUUUGUUAAAUAUUUUGCAGAUUUAUAAAAACAAAACAAAAACACGAUUAUUUUCAAAAAUUGAAAUUUGAUGAUCGCCUAUAUUAAUUUUCUUUAAUGACAAAUAUACCUAUGCUUAUUUGUGGAAAUAUUUUAACAAUUAAAAUGACAAAAAGUGAAACAAAAUAACCAACUAAAAUUUGAUUGUUCUGAUAUUGAUAAAGCAAUCUGACUCUAGCACUACACUAACUGCCAAGACCUUCAUAUUGUUGAUAUGUGGUCAGUUUUGAAUCUCAUCAAAAUGGCUUGUCCCAUUGUCUAUUUAAAUGUCUUCAUGUUUUGUUUCCCUCAUGGCUCAGCUUUCUGACUAAGAAAGCCAUCUAUAAAAUCAGAUUGAAAAUGAAUUCUGAUAAAAUGCUGAAUUUUCUUUAAAUUGCACAAUGCCCUUCAUAGUUCAAUAACUUUAUCCUUCUAAAUAUCAUCUUUAUAAAAAAAAUUGCAAAGCAAAGGACAAACUAUAAAUAGUUUAAUUCAUUAAAUAUCAUACAAGCCACAUGUAAAAAUAUCUCUUUAUCCUGCAUGCAUACCACUAUAACUGCAAUAAAAACACCGAUUAAUCCUGAUGUGUAUACAUUUAAUCAUUCUGGACCAGACGAGUAAGGUUUCUUGAACAACUUUUCAGCUAAUAUGAAUGACAUUAUACAUGUGUACUUCUGACCGACCACCUGUGUUACCACGUUACCACAUCAUUGUAAUCAUACUCUCUUUAUGAUAAAAUGUACAUACUGGUUUUAAAAAUCCAAACAUGUUUUCUUAAAAAAAAAUGUUAUAAAGAACUUAUGAAGACACUAUGUAAUUAAGAAAAAAAAUAUAUCUUAAUUUAAAAAACAAAUUUGAAAUAUUCUGAAACACAUGGGUAUUGUACCAAUAUUUUGAAUACGUAUUUGAUCAGAAAUAAAAGCUUGCAGUAAGUUUUCUUUAAAGGAUAUUUUAGGAGUUAUGCUGUUACAGUAUAUAGAUGACCAGAACCCCCUGGUCUCUUGACCAGUUUUAAUUUAACACAUACCAGAUCUUCACCAACAGUAGUUGUGCAAUUUUCCAUUCCAUGAUUGAUUUUCUAUUGUUUUAUGUCAAACCGGGUAUAUACGUGACUUACAAUUCUAGCUGUUGUAUAUAGCUAUUGUUCUUUCUAGGUAAACUAUUUAAAUGGAAACUUCAGUUGUUUUUACAGAGAAUACAUUCUUAGUUGUAUGUCAACAUUCCAAAAGUUUACAACUUCCAGAUGUUUCAUCAGAUACUGAAGUUGUUGUGAAAUUUUGAUUGUUAACAGAAUAAAAAUAGGAUGAGUAUACCA